AUGCCGUUUUUAAAGGCAGCUUUAAAAUUGACACUUUUACCUUUAGGUGUCUCAGCAGCAAGAAUUGCAAACUUUGCAGAUCAGGUGCAUUUGAGCUUCUUACUGUUUCUCCAUCGACUAGCAGAAGAAGCCAGGAUAAAUGCUUUUGAGAACAAAAGUAAAAUAAUUAAACCUGAGCACACUAUAGCUGCAGCAAAGGUUAUUUUAAAGAAAAGCAGAGGCUAG